AUGCCUGAAGAAACGUUAUGUCAGGACGUCAGGGGAGUCGCUUCACUGGCGACAUCUCAUCAAAACAAGUACAGCGAUGUUUCAGGCUCGGUUUCUGGUAUGUUUGUUGGUUUAUCAUUGCUAGUUUGCUUUUUGUAUGUACUAGACAGGAAGCUUCAGAUUUAUCAGGAUGAAACUACCUGGAAAAUUCAAGGAGAACUUCAACGUUUCAAGCGAGGAGAAAUUUGGAACCUCGAAACAUGGAGAGCUUCGAAACGUCGAAGUUUAUUUUAUUUUAUUAUUAUUUUAUUAUUAUUUUAUUAUUUUCCCCUAUGUACAGAUUUUAAUAAUUACAAAACAACUUUCUUCUAAUGAUAUUGGGCUAGGGACCUACUAGAAACCUUUACAGGCUUUUUGGUUUAGGCCCCUAGUUGUAGUUGUGGUUCAUAAUGAGGUUAAUUAAUAUACUAAUUUUACAGUUAAAGAUAAUGAAAAAAGUAAUUUUUAGAAUAUAUGCUAUUAACAAAAGAAGGAUGAUAAAGCAGGAGUACUAAAUAAAAGAUUUAUGUUAAAAUAUCAAUAAAAUAUGAAGACCGUAUAAUUUUAUACAUGAUUCAGUAAAAAAUACUGUUUCAUUUCUUUCUUGAAGACAUAGGAGUUUGUGCCUUUAAAUUUUGGUUCUAAAGAAUUCCAAAUAUCAAUUCCUUUAUUAGAUAGACUGUGUUUUACAUAGUUUGUUCUCUUAUAACACUUGUAGAGUUUUGACGCAUUUCUCGUGUUCUAUUGAUGGAUCUGAUUAUUUGUUACAAAAUAAUUUUCAAAAACUUCUGGUAGAUUCUUAAGAUGGUGGUAACGAAACAUGAACAUGGCAGUUAAAUAAUCAUUUAUUUUGAAAAUAUCUAGGAUGCCUAAUUCUUUGAAAAUAGUCUCAGUAUGUUCCAAAUACGAUUUAAAUAAUUUGCCUUGUAUUGGGCUAUUACAUUUAAAUACCAACCCCCCCCUGUCGAAGACCUCUGCUUUGGGGACUCCUCUGGAAUGCAAAAAAGUUUGUGUAAUUGACCCCUUUGGACAAGACGUGAAUCCUGUCUGGAAGUGCAAUUUUGCAUUUUAACCCCUUGGAAACAACAUUUUUCUCCCAUUUUCCCCAAUUACCCAUCUGGAAAAACCAACUAAUUACCUCCCUUGGAAAUUGAGGUUGUCAACAGGGGGGGGGGGGAGGUGUGUUUGGGUAUUAAAUGUAAUAGUCCAUUUUCCAGGUAGUUGCAUCCUAAUCAAUCUGAAGCUUCCUUAUUAUUGGCACUAGUGCACUACCUACACUAGCACAGACUGUUGCCCAGACCGAGCUGAUGAUAUUUGAACAUUAUUUAGACUAUCAAUUUUGAAUAAAUAGUGAUGUUUCAAAAGCAAAAUCUGUGCCAUUUUCAAAGAUUUUUCCUGUUCUCCAGCAGGUCUUAGAAAUUUAUAUGUCCUUUAAUUUAAAAGUCAUUGAAUUUCAAUGGAAAAAUCAUUUAAUUUCAUCUACACUAAAGGGUGGAAACCCUGGUUUUAACUGGGCCUUAGGGGUUGCAUCCAUAAUUAAAUUGUCACGAGAAAUGUCUAUAUUUCUCUUUUCUUUCAUGGAUACCGUAUUCCAUCAUCACAUUAGGUCAUUCCAGAAAACAUCCAUACUACCCCCACAGAGGAAAUAGGAAGUUAACCCCCCUACCCCCUUCGGAUAUCCUAAUACAUAUACUAUUAUCAGAAACAAUUUUUUCACCCCUCCCCCUCCGGAUGGCAGAAAUUUCCUCCUUGAGGGGAGUGUGGAUCUUUUCUGGAACGACCCAUUACGGUGAUCUGAUAGGCUGAUAUAUUCACGAAUGUACCAAUGGAUUAAUUUUAGGAAAGAACACUGAUGUCACGAAUACCCAUCUGCUAGAACAUGUUAAAUAUGACUUCUAUAAAAAGGUACAGGAUUACAGACUUUUGAUGACAGGUUAUACAUACUUUGCAGUAAUACUGUGUAUUUAACACAUUGAGCUCACCAGCACUUUCUUCUUGACGAGUAAACCUAUCUGGCAUUAGGGCAUGUUCAUAGGAGCUGAGUUGACCCAGCAAACUGGGCUGGCUCACAAGUGGCAAGAUCUUGCCUCAUAUUCAUUUUUAUAUGUUUUUGAGAUUCAAUACACAUCGGAACCAGACCACCCCGGUUUGCUGUAUUCCAGCGUUUGAGCAAGGCAAGAUCUCAUCUUCCCGGGCCUAUACGAAUGCACUUAGUGGGUCAGCUCGGCAAACUGGACUGGAAAUUGUAUCACAAUGCAUUUGUUCCAUCUACAAAGUGUUUAAAAACUAGUAAGGAAUCAACAAUCAACAAAAAUAUCAUUUGGGGGAUAAAAACAAAUUUAAUAUCACAUUCCCACCAAAAGUUGUGCAAUUUAAUUAAUAUUUAAUUUAUAAACUUUACAAUCAACAAAACAAUUGAAGGUACAGACAACAGGACUGAGGAGUCCCAAAUUAACUCCUACCUACACAUUACAUUGACAUUGUAAAACAAUAGAGACAGGUUACAAAUUUAACAAAGCUACAAUACAAAAUUACAACAAUCAAUGCGUUGCAAACCAUCCUUACACUUUCCAAAGUUAAUAUGAACUAGACAUGGACCGCCCAUAUAUUGCAAUCCUUUCUAGGUCAAUUUACUGCCUUAAAAUGAAGAGACCUGAAAUUUGCAAAGAAGGUUUGGGAAAUGAUCAAGUUACAAAAAAAGAUUUAUACUGUACACAUAAAUGAGUCAACAUUGUGCAGUACAGACACAGUUACAGAGUACAGUAAACAUCCUAAACAUGCAUGUACUCCAAGCUGUCCCUGCAUUUUCCAAAGAUAGGAUUCCAAGAACAUAGACCGCCUGCGGUGUUGUUUUUACCUGUGUGUUUAAUUUAAUUUAUUCAAACAGACUGAAACAAAAGACAUUUUGGAAAUACAAAGACAGCUUGGAGAGUUCUCAACUAUCAUGAAUAACAAGUAAUAGAACAACAAAUAAUAGAACAACAAAUAAUAGAACAACAAGUAAUAGAAAAAUUUCUGUCGCAGUUGCGAAGAAAAAUUAAAUGGGAAUCUCAUGAAAAAUUUGAAAAAGCCCUUCUGUCUGCUAGGCAUAUUUGCAUAAGCAGUGCUGAAUGCAUGCAGCAUCUUCCACAAACUGAUGUUAACAAGUUUCUUAUUCCAUUAUUUUACCUCCCAUGAUCAUGUGAAAAACCCUCAAUUAAUAUCCAAGCAUCAUGUUUUACACAGGGUUCAGAUCUGUUGACUGUUGUGGUGUAUGUCAAAGAAAUUGAUAAAGAGUCGUUGCAAGUUAACUUUGAGGUUAAGGCUUUAUGCUUGAAAUUUCAAACCAGGUAAAUACUUUAGAUAUUGUAUGGCUGUCUCGCUGUACUGAUAGCUUGGUUGGUUGGAGGACUCCACCAGAAUCGCAGUACCACAGAUUCAAUUCCUGGCGGAGGGUUGAUAACUGCUCCUGGUUAGGUCUAAUAAAUAUAUAAAAAUUCUACUUGAAAUUCCCAUCAACAAAUUCCUUCAACAAUGAACACAUAUAAAAAUUUUCCGUGUUGAUAUACAGUUAUAUCAACACGAGUGGAAUUGGGAAAACCAGAAAUUGUAUGGAAACACGAAGGGCGGAGUGUUUUCAUACAAUGGGUCAUUCCAGAAAACAUUCAUACCACCCCCACAGAGGAAAUAGGAAGUUAAACCCCCUACCCCCUUCGGAUGUCCUAAUGCAUUUAUUAUUAUCAGAAACAAUAUUGUCUCCCCUCCCCCUCCGGACGGCAGAAAUUUUCUCUGUGGGGGGAGUAUGGAUCUCUGGAACAAACCAAUGUCGAGUUUACCCAACUUCCACAAGUGUUGAUAUAACUAUAUAUCAAUACGGAAAAAAUGUUGCAUAUUUUUUUUAUAAUAUAGCAAUGUGAAAAGCCCGAAGGAUAAGAAAAAUUUCCGUGUUUACAAGCGGCGGAAAAUUUCCCGUGUUGACAUUGAGUUAUAUCAUCAACACGGCUCUUAGCCAAUCAGCGUUCAGAAUUUGCAAAUGCUAUAUUAUAAUUAGUUAUAUCAAGUGAGAUGCCUAAAAUCCUGAUAUUUACCUGAAGAGUAUGCCAAAAACAAUAGGGAACCACCUUAAGAAAAUAAACGAGAUGAUGUUUGCUUAUUAUAAUAUUGUUACUUACUGUACCUGAAGAUCCAAAGAAUUCCUGAAGUUGCAUGACCAAGUGUCUGAAGACACAGUUUUUGAGUGGAAUGUUCAUUUGAGGUAAGUUGUAUAUCAACAAGCAUUGUUAAUAGAAAUACAUUGUAACUACUGCAGCUUAACUACUAAUAACUACUGCAGCUUAAUUACUAAUAACUACUGCAUUGUACUAUAUGUGCAAGCUUUCUCAUUUUUAAUUGGCUGCAUGAUAGUAUUUCCUCUCCUCGUGAAAUACUUUUUUUACCACGUUCUUCUUGCCCAACUUAAUCAUAAUGAGGUCAACUUAAUUUUUAUUGUAAUACAUUUUCAACAAUGUAAAAUUUAGUGUAAAAAAGGCGAUUUUGUAGCAUUUUUUAAAAUUUUUAAAAUUUUCUUUUGAAAUUGAGUACAAACAGUUUUGUCCUAGUGCAGUUUUACGAUUAGUUAUAUAAACUUUAUUACGAUGUUUGCCCCAAAAGCUAGAGGGCCCAUAUAAUACAAAAAAGGAUAUAUAAAAUUAUUUACACAAAAAAGUCAGUACAGUACGAGGCGUAUAGAAACAAUAAACAAAAUAAGACAGUGUUACAGAAAAGACACGACACAUAAACGCACAAAGCAUUGCUAGGAGAAACGAAAAGUAUUCAAAAUAAAACGGUGGACAGCACCGAACAAUAAAAAAUUUUCGUUACUGUAAAACUUAAUUGAGCAAAACCGUUCAAUAAAAAUUCAAGUUUUCCAUUGUCGGUGCUCGUUAGCCAUGCUUUUCCACAAACUUGUGCCGCAGAGGUUAGUAGUUCAUUACGUUGAGCAGCAAAACGAGGACAUGAUAAAAGAUAAUUUUUAACUGUAUCAUUUUGUUGGCAACAUAAUACGUACAUAAAGGAGAAUUACGAUAAUGAAUUCCAUAUAUCGACUACAUACAUUGCAUUUUGGUUUCAUGUUUGUACUGUGUUUUGUAUAUAAUUGGUCUUUUGUAUAUAAACUACCUUUUUAUUUCUAUAAUAGACACCAAAUUGACUGUAAAAACUGCAAGUAUGCGAUAGCGAAAUCAAAGCUGACAAUGACGUUAAAAAAAGCUUGUGUAAAAGAUCAAUGGAAUUCUUUGGAAGAACUUAAUAUGAAAGGUACAGUAUUACGAUAUAUCGUACAGUAUAUAUUACGUGUAAGCUAGGAAUGUUCGGUAUGAGAAAUUUCCGGUAUUGGUAUACCGAAAAAAUUAUACCAAUAUUAUCGGUAUACCGGUUUUCCUUUGAUAAUUAUAAAGGAAAAUUCUUUAAUGGAAAUUUGAAGGAAAUUUUGAGUAAUUCUGAAAGGGAAAACGAUAAUUUCGAAGCUGUUUCGAACUAGUGUUUUCGAACGACACGUACUCAGUGUAACAUCUCAUGAUGUGGAAAUUCUAAAUCAUUGCAGUAGAAAGUUCUUUGAAUUGCCAUUCAGUAGUAAAAUAAAGGUUAUGGUUUCGCCAUAUAGUUGGUAAAUUUAAUACGAUAUACUGAAAAAUUCCGGUAUAUCGGAAAUUUCGGUAUAUCGGUAUGGUUGAAUAUCCGGUAUCGAUAUACCGAUAUUGAUUUAAUACCGAUAUUUUCGGUAUAUCGGUAUACCGAACAGUCCUAUAGUGUAAGCAAGCUUUUGUUGGUAGGGAUGCAGCUACCUGAAAAAUAUAAGGAGAAUUUCAAAAACAUUUCAGGUAGUUAUGUACCUACCAACAAAAGCUUGUUUAUAUUAUUGGCACUACUUACUGUUCACUGGCACAGACAUGUUAACGUUUUGUUUAUCUCAGCAGCGACCGGAUUUUUAGAACUGAAAUCUAUUGAACUGGCAUUUUUUGAAGUACACUAAUACACGUACUCAUCCCAUUGAAUACGACGCUCUUCCCUUUCGCUUCUCAGAUCUCUUCCGCAGAGGCUUUUUAGUAGCUCGAAGGUGCAGGAAGGUUAUUGAAGCAAGCGAUUGUGUAUGGACAUUCUGGACUAGCUUGCAACUGGCCCGCGUUUUAGUUACUAAGCAAAGCCUCAGCAAAGAAGAGUAAUUGGGAACGAUUCAGCCUGCUUUAAAGAUGGUUUUUCGAACGCGCUUUUUUGGGCGGCAUAGCCAUCAAAGAUGUUGCAGUAAAAUACAGAUGUAUUAGAAUACACAUUUUGUUAGUUCCAAUGUAACAUUACGAGGUUUUAUAGAUUAAUUUUUACUACAGGUGUUGAUGAUCAGAGGUUGAAGAAUGGCCAGGGACACCUAAAUAAUACUACUGGAGGUCAAGUGACGGAGAGGGAUAAUAUAAGAACUAGCAAUACGGGACACCUAAAUGGUACUACUGGAAGUCAAGUGACGGAGAGGGAUAAUAUAAAAACUAGUAAUACGGUACAUUUGAAUAGUGGUACCGGAGGUCAAGUGGCGGAGAAGGAUAAUAUAAAAACUGGUAGUACAGGACACUUAAAUUGUAGUACUGGAGGUCAAGUUACGAAGAGGGAUGAUAUAAAAACUGGUAGUACAAGACACCUAAAUAGUAGUACUGAAGGUCAAGUGACAGAGAGUGAUAAUAUAAAAACUGGAAGUACAGGACACCUAAAUAGUACUACUGGAGGUCAAGUGACGAAGAGGGAUAAUAUAAAAACUGAAAGUACGGGAUACCUAAAUAGUACUACUGGAGGUCAAGUGACGAAGAGGGAUAAUAUAAAAACUGAAAGUGCGGGAUACCUAAAUAGUACUACUGGAGGUCAAGUGGCGGAGAGGGAUAAUCUAAAAUUUAAAACAGAAAAUGGGGGUGUAAAUUUAGAACAUUGCAACGGAAACAACGGCAAUUUUUCAAAUGAAAAUCAAACUCGUGUGAAAAAUAAACUUGGGCUUGAUGCUGAGGGAGUUCCUGAUAGUCUAGCCGAUGAUGCGGAUGAUCUGGAUAAUAUAUCUAACGAAAUGUGUGAAAAUAUUAGAACUAAGCAAACUGUUAAUAGUAACAAUGACAAAGGUUGUGAAGUUAACGAAAAGAUUAAUCGGUUAGAUGAUAAUAGCGAAGAUAUUCUUUGUAAUGAGAUGAAUAUUACUGGAAGUGAUAGCUGUGCGUGUGACAGCACGACCAAGGAAAGAGAUACGGCAUGUGCACAUAAAGAUCCUACUAUUACAAGUGGAAACGUCAGUAAAAUAACGAACCAUACUGAGAAAUCAAAUGAUAUAACAGAACCGAAUAAGAUUAAAGUCCAAGAUUUUGAUGACUCGCGUCACAAAGACAACGUGGUGCAGGAAAACAAGAGUUUUAAAUUAAGUUACGAUGCCAAGAAACACGAUUGUCGUCCUGGGUCUGUUGGUCUAGUAAAUCAUGCAAAUCUCUGUUAUAUCAAUUCUGUUGUUCAGUGCCUCUCGUCUGUCAUAGAACUACGGACAUAUCUAUUAUGUAAGUACUGUUUUCACUCUUGUCUUUUUCAAAAUCUAAUAUGUAUGCGGGUUGAUUUCAUAAUCUAAUAUGUAUGCGAGUUGAUUUCAUAAUCUAAUAUGUAUGCGGGUUGAUUUCAUAAUCUAAUAUGUAUGCGGGUUGAUUUCAUAAUCUAAUAGGUAUGCGGGUUGAUUUCAUAAUCUAAUAUGUAUGCGGGUUGAUUUGCCAAGCAUUUAAUUAUUAGUAUCUCCAGGUAUCUCAUUGACAUUUGACUAGCCGUUAUUAGCCUUGAUAGGACCAUGUUUCCUUACUUUUUUCCAUAACCCUAACCUGCGAACGGGCGUGUUCCAGAUACGAGAUUGUCUAAGUAGGAGUGCCAAAAUGACGUCAUGAACCUCAAAAAUUAAUGUUAUAAUAUAUAGAGUAAGGAUUGGGAUUGUGUUUACAAUUUACAUCCGUUUUCAAAAGUCAGUUUAAAUUAUUUUUACAAUAUGUCACGUGAACUGCAACGCUAAAAGACAUCUUAAAAUAAGGUAAUUCCGCAGUAAUUGUUCCCGAAAUGAGAAUGUGCUGAAACUUCCCAGGCAUGGAGUUUAUGAUAUACAGUACUUAAAGUAAAAUCACAAAAAAAGUCGGGGUCACCGAACUCGUUAAGAAGAUAUGACAAUCACUAUACCACCUUUACCCCCAAUAUGGCGCCAUCUUGACGCUCAUUACGAGUAACAGCAAAAUUGCAACAGCCCGAUAUUUAUUGACGUUUUUAGUGCGGAUUUUGCUUUAGUAAACCUAUCUUGUAAUUAUUUUUGAUCCACAAAUGUCUUUUCCACAUUUCUUUACAUAUCUUUCUUUGAGAACAUGCAUUGAUAAAGGAUUUUUUUCAAGAUCCAGAAAUGAUUUUUCUUAUAAUUUCGGAUAUGAAAUGUAAAAUGCAUUAAAGAAAUAAAUUAUCAGUUAAAAAACGGGGGUCACCGAUCUUUUUAGGGAAUUGUGGCAUUAAAACGUGAAAUACAAGUAAAUAAAUAUACUACAGACACAGGAACCCUAGCUACACUUUUGUAUGCCUUUUUUGAAAACAUUGAUUUUAACGUAAUUCUUUGCACGAAUGUAACCAAAGAUGUUUUGAAGUAACAUAAAAUUGUAAUAAAAUGAUUUUUUUAAAUGGUACGCAUAAUGAAUGAAAUUAUAAGUUACAAGAUAUGCGCAGUAAAAGUGCGCAAUGCAAAACUGCGGAAUUACUCUAAACCGUUUUUAACACCUAAAGAAAUAUUGACACAAAAUUAGCUAGAUAUAGAAACUAAAAGAAACAACAAACCAUCGCAACAAAAUAUUUGUAGUGAAUCACUUUCAAAGUUUGAAAAUUAACAUUCAGCGUAACUGUUGUAUAAAAAAUUUGAAUUUUGUCACCGUAAAACUGAUAUGUCUAGUACUCUAGUUAUUUUCGGCAUAGUCGCGUAAUUGCAAAAGGAGGUGUACAGUAAGUUGGGGUUUUAGACCCGUAAAACCAUAUGUACAGUACUUUUUUCGUUAGUCAUUUUCGAAUUAUAUUCUAAAUGUCAAUCUGUACAUUGGACGAAAAAAUCGUGGUAGAGAAUAAUUUCUUUAUUUUGCGCUAGGGGAAAACACGCUUGCGGUAUAAGAAACUGUGUACAGUCGAUAUCAAUUAUUUGCUAUUUUCAGCUAAGAAGUACUCAUCGCAUAUCAAUCGUGAUAAUAAGAAUGGUUAUCAUGGAGAGCUAAUCAGCGCCUUCGAUUCUUUAAUACAAGAACUAUGGUCGGGAAAGGAACGCUCUGUUUCGGCGUCUAAAUUAAAGGUAAGCGCCAAGAGUGGAAAAAGUGUUAUAUUAUUGCGAUUGCUGAGUGUACUCGAUAUUAAUGAGGCGAACUACUAAAUUAUUUCAUGCUUUUGUUUGCAAAUUUUAUAUUUAUUGAUAAAACAUUUGAAGUUAUAAAAAGAUUAAAGGCCCAAGAACAAUAUUACACUGGUCAAAGCAUAAUUGGAAAGAUUUCUUAACUUUCUUAUGAAGAUUCUUGUCUUAAUUUAACAAGUCUUAUUGUACCAUGAAUAAGUCGAAGUAUAGGAAACAAACAGCUGGCGAAAAUUCUUGACUGAGCCCACAAUGCCAUCCAAUCAUUGCUCAGCAUGUACAUGGACGUUUUUGCGGUAAUUUCCCGCAUCAUGUUAUAGCAGUAA